AUGGCAAAUCGUAAAUUGAGCGCUGUCGAUUAUGUUCUUCUUGUUAUACUUCUUCUUGCAUCUGCUGUUAUUGGUGCUAUAUUUGGAUUUGUUAAAUCUAAAAAGAGUUCAGCAAAAGAAUUUCUUCUAGCUGAUGGUGGUAUGGCAGUACUUCCAACAGCUCUUAGUAUCAUGGUUUCAUUUCUAUCAGCUAUUACUUUGUUAGGAACACCAAGUGAAGUUUAUCUGUUUGGUACUAUGUAUGUCUAUCAAGCUAUUUCAUGGACGAUUGCUUCAACAGUAACAGCAUUAGUAUUUAUGCCAAAGUUUCGUGAAAUGAAUUUUACAAGUGCAUAUGAAUAUUUGGAAAAACGUUUUGAUCGUGCAGUACGCAUGUGUGCAUCUUUUACUUUUUCGUCUUUUAUGCUAAUCUACAUGGCUAUUGUUUUAUAUGCUCCUGCAUUAGCACUUAGUCAAACUACUGGUUUAAAUAUUUGGCUUUCUGUCGUUUCAAUUGGAGUUAUUUGUACCUUCUAUUCAUCUGUGGGUGGUAUGAAAGCAGUUAUUUGGACAGAUGUUUUACAAGCAUUAGUAAUUCUUGUUGGUCUUCUCGCUACGAUUAUACAAGGUUUAAUAAGACUUAAUGGUUUUGGACCGACAUUUUCAAUUGCAUACGAAGGCGGCAGAAUUCAAUUUGAUAGUAUAAGUGCUGAUCCUCGAACUCGUCAUACAGUAUGGUCAUUGCUUAUCGGUGGUACUUUGAAUUCUUUAUCAACAUAUGGCUUUAAUCAAACACAAGUUCAACGUUAUAUGUGUGUUCGUACAACACGUGGUGCUAAACAAGCAUUAUUUAUAAAUGCAGCUGGUGCUGCUAUAGUUAUUAUUUUAUCAAGUUUUAUUGGAAUUAUUCUUUAUGCAUAUUAUGCUAAUUGUGAUCCAUUGACAGCUAAACAAGUUUCUGAUGUUGAUCAAAUAUUUCCAUAUUUUGUUAUGGAAGUAUUAAGUGACAAGCCAGGUUUACCAGGUGUAUUUUUAGCAUGUAUUUUUUCUGGUUCAUUAUCAACGAUAUCAUCUGGUUUAAAUAGUCUUUCAGCUGUUAUUAUUGAAGAUGUUUAUAAAGGUUUAAUGGGUCGAAAAUUAAGUGAUGAACGACAAGGUUUGAUAUCAAAAAUCUUUUCUGUUGUAUUAGGAGCUGUUGUUAUGCUCUUAACUUAUGUUGUUAGUUAUCUUGGUUCAGUUCUUAAUGCAGCAUUAUCUUUAUUUGGUGUUUUAUCAGGACCAAUAAUGGGUGUUUUUUUUCUUGGUUUCUUUUUUCCACAAGCUAAUCGUCAUGGAGGUUUAAUUGGCUUUUUAACAAGUCUUGUUUUACAAUUAUGGAUUUUUUUGGGUGCACAAAUAACAAAAAAUCAAAUGGAUAAUAUACGUUUACCCUUGAAUUGUUCUGUGUUUGUUAAUCAAACAGUAACAGAGGAUUUACUGAUUAAAAAAGAUCCAUUAAUUGAUUUCUAUUCAGUUAGUUAUAUGUGGUAUACCCCGAUAGCUGUUCUUUCUGUUCUUAUUGUUGGUCUUACUGUAUCGUAUUUAACACAUCCACUUAAACCAAAUGAAGUUGAUCCGAAAUUACUUAUACCAAUAGGUGAUAUGUGUUGUUGUUGUUUACCUAAACGUGUUCGUGAUUUUAUUCGAUGUGGAGUUGAUUAUACGAAUUAUUUUCAGGAAAAAAACGCAUAUGAGAGAGAUAUUGAAAUGAAAAAAACUGAAAUAUAUGAUACAAAUAAGAAAAAUUCAUUUGUGUCGAAUGCUGUUUCACUUGCUCCAUCACUAACUGAUACAAAUGCGAAACAUACAUCUUCAUCAAAUGGUGAUUCGCCUACUCCAUCAGUAACUGAUAAAAAUACGAAACAUAAAUCUUCAUCAAAUGGUGCUUCACCUACACCAUCAGCAACUGAUAAAAAAGUGAAACGUAAAUAUCCGUCGAAUGUCGUUUCACCAGCUCCAUAUGUAUCAAAAAGUGGAGGUGAAGCUUACGAUAAUGCAGCAAUGAACCCAGCGGACGAAGAAUCUCUUCAGACACAGUUUUGA